AUGUCUUUAAUCGACGACUUCAUAGAACAAUCAAAUGAGCCGUCUAAUGUUUAUUUGGAGACUGCAGGGUUUGGGCCAGCAGAUCCGUUAGAAACUGGGUUUGUUAGUACUGGUUUAGCUGAAGACGAUUCGCGCGUUUUUACCUUAGAUCGUGUUCAAUUUCAACCUCCUUCGUCUAUAGUCAAAAUGUCUGUAUCAAACGAAGUUCUCGUAAUGGCUUUGGAAUCAAAUCAUAUCUUAAGAAUUGACCUACAACAAGCACACAACGUUGAAGAUAUUGAAAUGCAACGCAAAUCCGGGGAAGUGAAGAUUUAUAAAAUAUUCUUUGAUCCAACCGGCCGACAUUUGCUUAUUACUACCGAACAAGGAGAAAACUUUUAUAUAUUUGAAAAAUGGAAAAAAGCGAAAGUUCUUUCAAGGUUCAAGGGCAUAAUAAUUGAAUCCGUUGGGUGGAAUAAAACCGUAGGAACUUCUGAUAUUUCAACCAAAAAGAUUUUAAUCGGAAGUCGCAAUGGUUUAAUUUACGAGGCUGAAAUAGAAUCAACUGAUGAAUACUUUAAAAGGGGAGAGAAAUAUUUCAAACAGGUAUACUCGUCAACUGACAAUCAGCCUAUAACCGGUCUUCGAGUUGAAGAGUUUCCUGUCAUUCCUCGAAAAUAUUUCAUAUUAGCUACAACGCCCACAAGAAUAUACCAAUUCAUAGGCCAGGCAAACCCUAGUGCUGAUAUAGAUGGUGGCUCUAUGUUUGAGGGCCUAUUUUCCAAAUAUAGUCACAGUCCAGGUCCUGGCAUUUAUCAUGGCAGUCUUGUUUUUGGGUCCCAAGACCAUGUGAUUGAUAGUGCAAAAUUGUUACCAUAUCCUUCAAUACCGUCAGAAAAUGAUCCAUCUACUUUGAUCACUGAAUGUCCUUUGUCGAUUGCUCUUACCGAAUUUCACUUCAUUUUACUGUAUAAAGAACGCGUUAGAGCUAUUUGUCUGUUGAACGAUCAAAUAGUUUAUGAAGAGAUCAUUCCACUCAAAGCGGGAGAGGAGGUUAGAAGCAUGUCCGUAGAUAGUGUUAAAAAUACGUUCUGGAUUUACACAGAUAGUUGCAUAUUUGAGCUUAUCGUAACAAAGGAAGACAGAGAUGUAUGGAAGUUAUAUCUAGAAAAACAACAAUUUGAUACUGCGCUACUAUAUUGCAAGAAUCCUGCUCAACGCGAUGAAGUUCUUACUACCCAGGCAGAUCAUUACUUUUCGCAAGGUCGAUUCCUUUUGUCAGCAAAUUAUUAUGCUCAAUCCACCGUUCCUUUCGAAGAAGUCGCGCUUAAAUUUGUAGAACGGGAUGAAAGAGAUGCAUUAAGAAAUUAUCUAUUGAUUAAAUUGGAAAAACUUCGACGCACAGACUUGACGCAGAAAACAAUGAUUGCUACUUGGCUCGUCGAAAUAUAUCUUAGUAAGAUUAACAUGUAUGAGGAUUUAACAGCAUCAGGUGCUGGCACCGAAGACACUAGUAAUUAUAAAGCUAAACAAGAAGCUUUAGAAGAAGAAUUUAAAAACUUUCUAGAACAAUUCAAGGCAAAUCUAGACAAGCGAACAACUUACAACCUUAUCGCUAGCCAUGGACGUACAAGAGAGCUCUUGUUUUAUGCUUCAUUAAUUGGCGAUUACGAUAAAGUAAUUUCUCAUUGGAUUCAAGAAAAAGAUUAUAGGCAAGCUUUGGAUAUUCUUAGUAGACAAGCAUCAAUUGAUCUUUGUUAUAAAUUUGCUCCAAUUUUAAUGGAAAAUGCACCAUAUGACACUGUUAAUGUCUGGAUGAGACAACCAAAUCUCAACCCUAGAAACUUAAUGCCUGCAUUAUUGAAAUAUGAUCACUCAAAAGCCCCAGAAGAUACUACUCAAAAUCAGGCUAUAAGAUAUUUGCACUAUGUAGUAACGCAACUUAAUAACACUGAUCCAGCAAUUCACAAUUUUCUUCUUACAUUGUAUGCCACACAACCUACAUCAAAUAAUGACGAAUCUUUGCUGCUGAAAUUUUUGGCGACAGAAGGAAAGGAACCUUAUUAUAACAUGGAUUACGCAUUACGACUUUGUAGUCAGAAUGGAAGGACACAAAGUUGUGUACAUAUUUAUAGCAAUAUGGGUCUUUUUGAGGAAGCUGUUGACCUUGCUUUAAAGCAUAAUGAUUUGGAACUUGCGGGAAUCAAUGCUGACAAACCAGAUGAUGAUGAAUCAUUGCGUAAAAAGCUUUGGCUAAAGAUUGCACGACAUGUGGUUGAAAAAAAACAGGAUAUUAAAAUGGCAAUGGAUUAUUUGCAGCAUUGUGAGCUACUUAAAAUCGAAGAUAUUUUGCCCUUUUUCCCUGAUUUUAAUGAAAUAUGUUCCGCUCUUGAAGAGUACAAUACGCACAUUGAAGAUUUAAAAUCAGAAAUGGAUGAAGCAACAAAAAGUGCAGAAAGCAUCCGAUUAGAUAUACGAGAGUUGCGAAGUCGAUUUGCAAUUGUUACAUCUGGAGAGAAAUGUUCGUUAUGCGAUUCUCCACUCUUGACAAGGCAAUUUUAUAUAUUUCCAUGUCAGCAUGCUUUUCAUGCAGAUUGUUUGAUCCAAGAGGUUACAAGGCAUCUUAGUGCAGGUCAACUUCGCAAAAUCUUAGAUCUUCAAGAUCAAAUAGCGAAGGAAAUAUCUAACUUUAAUCGUGCGCCCGACAAUACAGCACGUGAGCGCCAUGGCUUUGCGCCUGGAGGUCUAGAUCGGUUAAGGGGAUUAAUAUUACCAGAUGUUGCUGCACCUAGUGGUGACGAUGUAGCUGUAGUCGUAUCAAAAGUUGAUCAAUUGAAGGAUGAAUUGGAUGACUAUGUAGCCUCGGAAUGUGUUUUGUGUGGUGAUAUGAUGAUCAAGACUAUCGAGAUGCCUUUUAUUAACGAUGAAGAAAGUGAUCUGCUAUUAACAUGGGCUAUCUAA